CUUUAUUAUUCACAACAAUUUAAUAAUGAUCUCCGGCCGGCAACGGUGACGGGUCCGAGAUUAAAACCCUAGAUCAACCAGAAUCUCACUGAAGAACCAUACACAAACAAGAGCACCGUUUAGAUGUUCUUCCUUAGUUUGAUCGAGCACACACUGCGAUUGCCGCCUCAUCUUCUGGACCUUCCUCUCAAUGAAGCCAUCAAAGGAGAGCUUGAGAGUCUAUUCUUAGAUAAGGUUAUUGCGAAUUUGGGGCUGUGUAUCUCUGUUUAUGAUAUCAGGUCUAUUGAUGGUGGUUUUGUCUUUCCUGGGGAUGGUGCUUCAACCUAUACGGUGGAGUUUAGACUGGUUAUGUUUCGUCCAUUUGUCGGGGAGAUUAUCACUGCAAAACUUAAAGAAUCCGACGCCAAUGGCUUACAGUUAUCUCUUGGAUUCUUUGAUGACAUCUACAUACCUGUCCAUCUUAUGCCAAAUCCAUGCCAUUGUGAGCCUGACCCAGAAAACAAGAGUCAAGUCAUAUGGAUAUGGGAUUAUCAAGAACAAAAAUUUCCUAUAGAUGGGCUCGAUGAGAUAAGGUUCCAAGUUCAGAGUGUAAGUUAUCCUCCAAUUCCAGUUGAGCAACCAAAAGAGUCAAAGCCAUUUGCCCCUAUGAUGAUUAUGGGAUCACUUGAUUAUGAUGGUUUAGGCCCUGUUUCAUGGUGGUGAUCCUUUAGAAAAAGGAGAAGCAGCAGGAACAGUAAAGGAAAUCUUUAUCUUUAGCUUGAUUUAGUUUUCUUAUCAUAGGAGGUAGAAUAGAAACAGUUUUGAUUGCAAGGAAAGAAUGCUAUUUUUGACCUUUAA